AUGCAACAACUUGACGCGAGGCUCAUCGAGGAGAUUAAGUACCAUGGUGCUGAUUCUCUGGAGGCAAGUCAUAUCCGGAAUCUAAUUGCUCAACGGUCUGGUGACCUCAGAAAAGCAUACAGAGGAGUGAUAGUUGAGCUUGCUGAUCUGCAUGAUCGGUCUGAGCGGAUGGCUUCCAAAAAAGCUGUUCAGCACGUCGUUGAUCUUGCCAAUUCGCGCAAUCUUUUUGCGCAGAUUUUUUCGUUGGAGACGGCGAAGGUUCACCUCUGUGAUAGGUGA